GCCGGUUUCCUUCCGGGGGACGCUAGAGUCGGGGCUAGGCCGGAGCCAGCCCGGCUCACUGGUUGGGACGAUAAAAUGUUUGUGUACUUAUGGGGAUACCUGUAUAGUAACUUCUUCCGAUUUUGGCUGAAAUGGAUCUUGAGGCAGCUCACUGGAAAAUGUGAAUUACAGCGUAUCUUUGGUGGUUCAAAGGAAGGUUCACAACGGACGCUAAAGAUAGAGUACUCAUUGGGAUUAUCAAAGAGUAAGGUGUUAAGAAAUGCUGUACAUGUUGUAGAAGCUGAAGUGGAAAAAUGUGUCCUGGGUAUAAUGAAAGAAAAGGAUAAUAUACAGAAGGAUACAGGUUUUAAGACAAGCCUGCAGGUAUGUUUGCUGCAGAUAUCUGGUUAUAAGAAACUUUAUUUGGAGGUGGAAAAUCUGAGGAAAGUUCCAUAUGAUUCAGAUAACGAAGAACAUGAAAAGCAACUAAUUCAGCUUUGGAAUUUGCUGAUGCCUCAUGAAAAUCUGAAGGCUAGAAUCACCAAGCAGUGGUGUGACAUUGGUUUCCAAGGUGAUGAUCCCAAAACAGACUUCAGAGGAAUGGGCAUGCUGGGAUUAGUUAAUCUGGUGUAUUUUAGUAAACAUUACACCAGUGAAGCUCGACAGAUCCUCUCUCGUUCAAAUCAUGCAAAAUUGGGAUAUUCCUAUGCAAUAGUUGGGAUCAAUUUGACAGAAAUGGCUUAUAGUUUACUAAAGAGUGGUGCUUUAAAGUCUCAUCUCUACAACUUGGUUCCUGGAUUGCCACAAAUGGAACACUUCCAUCAGUUUUAUUGUUAUCUGGUUUAUGAGUUUGACAAAUUUUGGUUUGAAGAAGAACCAGAAAGUAUUAUGCACUUCAACCAUUAUAGGGAGAAAUUCCAUGAAAAAGUUAAAGGUCUCCUUCUGGACUAUAACCUAGUACUAACCUUACAGAAUAUAAAGAAACCAUAGCCUUAUCUGCAGUCUACCCAGUUCUGCUCAUAAAAUGGAAUUAUGUAUUCUCAUGGAAUUCUCACACUUACUUCACCAAAAAGUUUGUUUAAUGAUGUCACUUUUUAUACAUAUAUUUUGAAAAAGCUCAAAUUCAGUUAUGAAAGCUUGGACAAUCAGCCACUGUUUACAGGUCUUAUAUGCUAUUCUCCAAAGAAAGUUUUUUUAAAAAAAUCCUGUAUUGAAUCAUUUGCCCUCACAACUUUACACCUCUUGGUGCAGGAACAUGAAACAGGUAUUUAUGCUGCAUUAUGUUAUCUUCACUAUGUAACCUAUUACUAGGUUCCUUUUAUACCAUUAACUAUUGAUUAGUUGUCUUUAGGAGGGGAAAUUGCUUUUGUUUUAGAUUUUUCUCAAGUCCUGUCCCCUUGUUGUUUAUCUGCAUAUAGCUUGUGGUCCAUAAAAACGUUAAACUUCUCUGUGUAAAGAGGUCCAUGAAGAUGAUGUAACUUAUUUGUGACUUGGAAGAGGCAGCUUCAUUUAUUUGUAUUUACACACAAGAGCAAACAUUGUUCUGGUUGAAAUGAUCCUCCCUCCAGGAAAUAAGUACCCACAACCUUGUGCCUGGAAGGAACUUCCCUCAGAAAUAAUAACGAAAUAAUGUAUGGCCAAAGUCCCUUUUAAUAAGGAGAUCUUUCAUGUCACAUGCUGCCAUAAAUAUUUUCAGCUCUCAAUCCCUCCUCUUUCAGUUUGAGCCUGAAAAACUGUAGCUAUCUUUUUUUGUUGUCCCAUUCUCCCCCCCCUCCCCCCCCCAUGUUUUCUGAAUAGGGGUGAUAUCUAGGAGAAUUCCUUAACCUCUUUUUGUAGUUUGUUCAUUAUUUCCCACAAAACUUUGUUGUGGCUGCAAUCCAUGAUUUUGAAGAUAGCUGGACUCUUCUUCACUUCAUCCCUACUUCCAAGGAAGUAGGGGUGCACCACUAAUAGGAUAAAACAUGUUUCCAGAUUUGGCUAUUCUAGACAAUCCAGGCACUAGGAGUUGGUACCUAUAGCAGUUUGUGAUAAGCAUUGUUUAAAAAACAAAAUAAGUUCAGGCCAAGCCUGUUUAACGUUUUAAAGACUACUAUUUAAAUAAAGUGCCUUCUGCUAAAUUCAAUCACUGUUUAAUUUGAUCCUCCAUUUAACCUGAGCAGAGCUUCAGAAACCUCAGUUCUUUGGGGGCAGAGACUGUUAUCUCUCAUAUGCUUGAAUAUCACAUAGUGGGUGCUAUCAUGAUACAAAUACAAAAAAAGACACUUUAUUUUAUCAUCUCUGGAAGUUAUUCUGAAGAAAAGGCUGACAUUCUGAAUGGGGAAGGAAAGAAACAAAGGACAAUCCUUGUGAUUUAAAAAAAAAAAAAUUGGUAGAUAUUCAGACCCUACACUAAGUAUUAUUGUAUAGGCUGUGAUUUCUAUCACUCCAGCCCCUAGUUCCUCUUGAUCUACAUGAACAACAUGAUCAGCUGCUUAUUGCAGUCAAAAUGAUAGUAAAGAGCUUGACCAAAGUAGAGAGCAAUUAUAUAGACAAACUUUGUUUUGUUCUAAAAUCUGUUUGUUACAAAUAGGUGAGGUUUUAAACAUCAUUUGAGCUCCAUCUGCCAGAAGGUGGAGGGAGAUAAAGAUUUAUCUUCAUAUUUACAUUUGCCUAUUACUGUUAUACUUGAAAUGGUGCAGUUCGGGGAAGGAGUUUGGCUGUAAAGGAGCUGAUGCAAUAUAUCCUUUCUGUGUAUACACUACAGUAACUCUUAGUUUGGCAAAAUCUGUUUUUAAAUGUGAUACAUUUUGUCCUGCUAUACUGUGUGCACGCCUUUCUGGAAGCAUGCUGGUACUACAGUGAUAACUACUAUAAAGGUACCUAGAUAGCAGAAUUAACCCUUUCUUCAUUGGAUGUCUGCAAAUAAGUUUUGCUGGUUUCAGAUUUACUUAAUAUAGUGAAAAAUAUAACUGCUAGUGAUAAAAAAAAUAGAGCUCUAACAAAUGUGGAUUAAAGUAUGAUUUCAUUCAUGAAAGACUUAUUCCAUGUUUCUCACCAC